GCGAGCGAGCACCCAGCCACCUACCUACCUACCUACCUACCUACCUACCUACCUGCCUGUGUGGUCGCGUAAGACCCUCCAGAACCCAGAACACAGGGGGCGAACGCAACCGGAAUGCAUGACCUGGACAGAAAUCAGAGGGCGCAAGAGUGUUGAACUGAAUCCCGGAAAAACAUAUUCAAGAAAGUAGCUUUGAAAGCUACACCGAAGUGACGGAAAGAGAGAGAGGGAGAGGGAGGGAGGCACAGAGAGAGAGAGAGGCAGAGAGAGAGAGAGAGAGAGACACGGUUAGUGAGGGCGAUGCAUGUUACUGACUAGUGUACCUGCUACUGAGUUACAGCAAGUGGGAGAAAGACAAGGACCGGCUGAAACAUCGAACAGCAGGGGAAAUAUGGAGGAUAGUCCAGCAGCCAUAACAUCGGAGCUACAGGCCGACGACCCAUCCACGGGUGACGAUGUUAGCCUCACCCCCUCCGUCUGCGGACUGACCGACCAGGAUUGCGUGAUCUGCUUCUCGCCCUUCGACAAUGUCUUCAAACUGCCGAAGCUGCUGAAGUGCGGACACACCUUCUGCCUGGAGUGCCUGGCCCGCAUGAAUGUGUCCUCGGACAAUGUCAGCUCGGUCACCUGCCCCUUCUGCCGCCACCUGACCCCGCUGCCGUCGGGCAAGGGGCUGCCCGCCCUCGACAACAACCAGGCCGUGCUGUCCCACCUGCCCUCGGGCAUGCAGACGGUGCCUUCCAUCCGCUUCAGCCGGGACAAGGGCAAGCUCUACACCAAGGCUCCCGACCCGGGCUCCUUCCUGAAGCCCGUCAACAGCAUCAGCAUGAGUCUGGACGUGGGCCAGCCAGCGACCAGGGGCCUGGGCUCCAGACAGAACAUGCCCUACCGCUCCAGGUGGUGCUACUACAUGGCCAUCGUGUGCGUGGUGCUCCUCACCAUCGCCCUGGUCAUCUCCGGGGUCUUUAUCUUUGUCAUCGUUCCCUCCGUCACCGGCGGGAGCUCCUCAAGACCGAACUCGACGGGACCCUCAUCACCCCCCUAACCCCAACAACCCCCCCAAACCCCCAACCAUCGAGGACAUGCUCCAUCAGUGCCAGGGACCUCAAAAGCCAAGCUUGGACACUUGUUCUGCAACAUCUCUCUUCUGGUCCGUCUGCCCCGGGAUUUUUGUCCUCACAAAGCCAUCUACAAACUCAUCAGGGAUAGGCACAGCCACAAACUCAACAUGGCAAAGAUUUUUGCCCUCAUCGACCCAGCAAUAAACUCAUCUGGGCCUGGACUUUGCGGGUAAAGACCCAACACAAACUCAACUCAAUUAUCGCCCCCUCAACAUCGAACCUCCCACGUGAUGGUCUUCCUCUUGGCCCUCUCGUCUACAGUCACAGGACAUGUUCGGUGGACAGUGCCAAUGUAUCUCUGAACAUCUCCCCAGCUUCGAGGACCAUCCCAGUCACCAGGGGGGAGUGCGAAUUGGAGGACGAUCCCGUGUCAGGAGAUGCCAUCCCAGGUGGACCAGGGCUUCCUCAACAGAGCUGAACCUUCCGAAGCAGGGUGUGCUUUUGGGAGCAGAUUCCAAAGCUUGGGAUCCAGUGAACUGAAGAGACUGAUCAAUGAAACUGACAUCUGUGGGAGUGAGAGGAGAUGUACUCUAUAGAUGGGCAGAUGGAGGUGCAGGGAGUAGAGAAAUAUGAUCAUUUAUAGGCAGAUGAGAUCAGUCUAGCUUGGGGUGGUACAUUGUCACAGCAAUAGAAUUGUUGCCUUACAGCUCCACGGACCCGGAUUUGAUCCUGGCUAUGGGUGCUGUCUGUACAGAGUUGUUCUUUCUUCCCAUGACCUGCAUGGGAUUUUUCUAGGUGCGCCAGUUUCCUCCCAUAUUCCAGAGACAUGUAGGUCAAUUGGCUUCGGUAACAAUUGCACGUUGUGUAGGAGCGUGCCUGUGUGGGGGGAUUGCUGGUCGGUGCGGACUCGGUGGACUGAAGGGCCCAUUUCCGCACUGUAUCUCUAAACUAAAUUAAACUUAAAUCAAAAUAUUUUUUAUUUAGUUUUCGGGAUCAUAACAAAGUGCAAAGUUGUCCAUUUGUUACAGAAAAGAAUUAAUAAAAAACAACUUAUAAUAACAUAUAACAAGACAACAGCAAUAAAAGAAAAAUGAGAUACCAUAAAUAAUCCCACCCCAGUCACUGCCAGUGAGCAUAUGUAAAUAUCAGCCUGUCACAACAAUAAUCCACGAUAAAUGAAUGGGUAGACUGUUAAGCUGUUAAACUGUGCUUGGUGAUCAAGCAUUUAUAAAGUCUGGAAUGCAUUUAAAAAUGGUCCCCACGCUUUCUGAAACCUUCCAUUUGAAUGUUGAAGUGAGUACCUGAUUUUCUCGAGCUUUAGGCAGGACAUAUAACUAAAUUAAACUUUACACCAUGUUCAGCCCGUUCCUGUGCUGUACUGUUUUGUUUGACAGUAUGUGAUUGAUCACUUAGCUGCCCGGACUCUCGAUAAUACUCAACCAAGAAAACAAUGCAAAAUUGGAAUUCUUCCAACACAGGAACACUGUUUUCAAGACUCAGACAAUGGGAUCUUUCUCUGCUCAACAAAUCCUCCCAUCAUUUACAAUAUCCUGGGGUCGCCACACCAUGCCAUGACCAGCAGUGAUGCCCCAACUCCCACUUCACCUUCACCGACAACAUGUUUGUUGAUGAUAGACACAAAAUGCUGGAGUAACUCAGCGGAACAGGCAGCAUCUCUGGAUAGACGGAAUGGGUGAUGUUUCGUGUUGAGGCCCUUCUUCAGGGAAGAGGGAAACGAGAGAUGAGGAGGGGUAAGGUGCGAAAAGAGAUCAAAGGGGGCGGAAACUACAGAAAAUGUAGAAUAGAGCAUUGUUAGCUAGGGGAAGGAGACAACGAGACAUACAAAGUAAAAUUUAAUCAGUAGGACAGUCAAACUAGUCAGAGAACCAGGCUGGGGGAGGGUUGGAGAAAUAGGAACAGCAAGGGUUACUUGAAGUUAGAGAAGUUAAUUUUCAUGCUUGUAAGUUGCCCAAGUGAAAUAUGAGGUGCUGUUCCUCCAAUUUGUGUUGGGCCCACACUCUAACUGUGGAGGAGGCCCAGGACAGUAAGUGUGGGAAUGGGAAGGGGAGUUAAAGUGUUUCGCAACCGGGAGCUCAUGUAGGUCUAGGCGGACUGAGUGCUGUGUUUUGCGUUUUGUGUGUGUCGUUGGUCUGGUUUGGACGGAAAGAAUUUGUCUAGGUGAUAGGAUCUGAAUGGAGGUGUCGUGACAUUCUUAAGCAUUGCACGGACCACGUAUGCAUUCCUGGAUUGCAUUCAGAUGCAAAAAUCCACUGGGAUCUUGUGCAACUCUCAGUUGAGAAUAAUGGGUUGCCACACAAGUCACAAACAGCCUUGCGUAAAUAUUUCUCACAAUCAGUGCCCUUUCAUGGUGUUUUGGACUUUGAAUGCCUUUCCUGUCAUUUACCUGGAAAGUAAAAUGAUCGACCAGCACCUUCACAAGGUUAUCCCAAGCCCUUACUUAAUGCCAAACAAACCAAUUGUGGUGUCCACCAAACUAUACAACAAGGUUAACUCACCCUGAUGAUGUGAAACGUUCAAUCACAUACGAAGAUACAUCUAAACACAAUACAAAGCUCCAGGAACUCAGUGGAUCAGUCAGCAUCAUUGGAGGAAACUAGACAGGUGACAUUUUGGAUGGGGACCCAUUAUCAGACUGUCGACGUAACAGGUCAUAGAGUCAUACAGUGUGGGAACGGGACCUUCGGCCCAACUUGCCCACACCGGCCAACAUGUCCCAUCUACACUAGUCCCACCUGCCUGCGUAUGGCCACUAUCCCUCUAAACCUGUCCUAUCCAUGUACCUGUUUCUUAAAGGUAGACAAAAAUGCUGGAGAAACUGCUGCAACAUCUAAGGAGUGAAAGAAAUAGGCAACGUUUUGGGCCGAAACCCUUCUUCAGGCCCGAAACGUUGCCUAUUUCCUUCGCUCCAUAGAUGCUGCUGCACCCGCUGCGUUUGUGCAGCGAUUUUGUGUACCUUCGAUUUUCCAACAUCUGCAGUUCCUUCUUAAACACCUGUUUCUUAAAUGUUGUGAUAGUGCCUGCCUCAACUACCUCCUCAGGCAAUUCAUUCCAUACACCCAUAACCCUCUGUGUGAAAAAGGUACCCCUCAGGUUCCUAUUAAAUCUUUCUCACCUCACCUUAAACCUAUGUCCUUGGGUUCACUUACUCUGGACAAGAGACUACUGUAUAUGCAUCUACCCAAUCUAUUCCUCUCAUGAUUUUAUACACCUCUAUAAGAUCACCUCUCAUCCUCCUGGGCUCCAAGGAAUAGAGUCCUAGUGUGCUCAAGCUCAGCCGAAGUAGGAGUAUCCUGACCCGAAACGUCAUCUGUCCAUUUCCCUCCAAAGAUGCUGUCUGACCCGCUAAGUUCCUCCAGCACUUUGUGUUUUGUUCCAGAUUCCAGCACCUGCAGUUCCUUGUAUCUACAUCAAAACACCUCAGCUUAUUAUUUGGCCGUGACAUACACGUCGUAUGUUACAUAUGACAAGUAACUUUUGAAUAUAUAUAAAUAUAUUUUUACUGAUAAUGUCUGAUUUUAUUUAAUCAAUUGAAACUGUUUUGAGGUGGAGGUAUUUAAUUUAAUCUGCUGUCAGAAGUCUGGCAGGACUGAUUUUUUUCUCUAAAGUGAGCCAUUGAUAUUUUAAUUAUUAAAUUAUGACUGAUUUACCAAA